CUUCAACAAAGUUGAAAAACAGCUUCCUUCCCAUCAUGCAUUUUCCGACGACUAUUUUAUGUAUUUUAUGGAGUAGGUAAAUAAGAAGUGGCACAAAAAAACGCUUCAUGAGUUGAGAAGUUGGCGAAACGUGCUUAAAACUUGUAGUUGUACUAUUUGUGAAUAAGCGGAGAUUUGUAAAAUGACUGAUUUGACUGAAAAAGAGUCACCAGUAAUCACAGAGGAUGAGGCAGCUUUGUAUGAUCGACAGAUUCGUCUGUGGGGUUUGGAAGCGCAAAAAAGAUUGAGAGCAACACGCUUUCUCCUUGCCGGCUUAGGUGGGUUAGGGGCUGAAGUGUGCAAGAACGUGGUGCUCGCUGGGCUGAAAUCCAUCACACUUCUGGACCAUUGCUGCGUCAGUAAACUGGAUGCCUGCUCACAGUUCCUUGUCUCCAGAGAUGACAUUGGGAAAAAUCGAGCCGUUGCAUCAGUUGCCAACACACAAGAGUUGAACCCAAAUGUAUGUGUAACGGCAGACGAGUCUGACAUCAGCGACAAAAACGAGGAGUACUUUCGACAGUUUGAUAUAGUGUGUCUCACCUGCUGUUCCUACAAGACCCUAGAGCGGGUGAACAGAAUAUGCCACGACAUCGGGGUCAAGUUCUUUGCGGGCGACACAUACGGGUUCUAUGGCUACAUGUUUUCCGACCUCAAUGAGCACGACUUUGUGGAGGAAAAGAUUCACUUUAAGAAAGAUCCCGUGACUGAUAAAAAUGACCAACCACAGUCCAAGAAGCAAGCAUUCCACAAGGAGACCUCCUAUGUCAAGAGAACGCUCAACUUUUGCCGGCUUGGCGACUCGCUGCAGAAAGACUGGACCCAGUUGACCUCCAAACAGUUGAAGUACAUGCCCAAAGUUUACUUUGUAGUGCGGGCACUGUGGAAAUUUCAAGAGGAAUUUGGAAGGAAUCCCAGUCCUGAUAAUCUGGAGAACGACAAGACUGAGCUGCUGAGACUGAGAGAUGAGGUGCUCGAUGAAGUUGGAGUCAAAGCGGACUUUGUCAGUGAUGACUUUGCCAGUCAUUGUGCAGCAGAGCUCAGUCCGGUGUGUGCCGUCGUGGGAGGUGUUCUUGGUCAAGAAGUUAUCAAGGCUGCGUCUUGCCGUGACAUACCUCACAAUAAUUUCUUCUUUUUCGACGGGCUGGAGAGCACAGGUACGGUUGCCUGCAUCAGUGAUGUGAGCGAAUGAACACCCUACAAAUGAGACCUACCUCUUUACGCCUUCAAUAUGCCCCAUUUGGCUGGUGGAUCCAGCUAGUAUUUAUGAUAGUUCAACCACAUUUGUGCCGGAGGACAUCUAGACCCGGGAUGAUUUUUUUUUCCAUGACUGUCACACAGAGGACUUGAAGACACAAUAUGUCAGUGUAUACUCUCAGUGAUGGGUGAUCUGUUUGUGUGCCCUCUCACUUCCUGGGCUCUUUUAGAUGCGUAUGCAAGCACAGGGUCUGACUAGUGCUUGGAGGCAAGGGCAGAUCCAGGGGGGUCCAUUCCCCCCCCCCAAAAAAAGGAGGGUCAGAAUAUAUGUUUUUGUUUUUUUGUAA